AUGCCUUCUCCUUCCCUGUUCUUCGUCAUCAUCACAAUUGCUCUGUUUCUAUCCUCGAGCAAAACCGCAGCAGCUAAAACCGGACCAAAGAAGCCACCACCCAAUAGCCACAACCACCACCACCCGCCGCCGCCGCCCAAUCAUCCGCGCCUGCCUCGACAGCAUGGCAUUACUACCACAAAAGCGCCACCGCACCCUGGCUACCUGCCCAGCUCCAAGUUCAAGCCCACAAGCUUCCGCAAAUGUUACAGAAACCUUUGGGGCGAGGGGCAUCAAAAGCUCGACCCAUCCGGUCUAACCGUGUGGCUCGACCGUGCUUCAGGGAGUGGGUUCAAAUCGUUGAAGGCGUAUCGGUCUGGUUACUUUGGCGCUUCCAUCAAGCUUCAAUCUGGUUAUACUGCUGGAGUUAACACAGCAUUCUAUUUGUCGAACAAUGAAGCUCAUCGAGGGAAGCAUGACGAAGUGGACAUUGAGUUUCUGGGGAGGACAUGGAAGGAGCCUUACACGCUGCAGACCAAUGUGUACGUAAGAGGGAGUGGGGAUGGAGGCAACAUCGUAGGGCGAGAGGCCAGGUUCCAUUUGUGGUUCGAUCCCACAAAGCAUUUCCACCGUUAUGCCAUCCUCUGGAAUCCCAAAGAGAUCAUAUUUCUUGUGGACGAUAUCCCAAUAAGGAGGUACGAGAAGAAAAGCAUAACGACCUUCCCAACAAGGCCAAUGUGGGUCUAUGGCUCUAUAUGGGAUGCUUCAGAUUGGGCAACAGAUGAUGGGAAAUACAAAACUGAUUACACAUACCAACCGUUUGUUUCACAGUACAAGAACUUCAGAUUAGCUGGUUGCUCCUCCAGUGCAACGCCACAUUGUCGACCAGUGUCUGCUUCCCCUUACCAGUCUGGUGGACUAUCGAAGAAACAGUUGAUGGCAAUGAGAUGGGUGCAAAAAAACCGUAUGGUUUAUCACUACUGCAUGGACACAACAAGGGAUCAUUCACUCACCCCAGAGUGCAAGAAGCUACCAAAAAAGAAAACAUCUUAG